GCACAGGAGCUGUUAGCCUGCAUGUUGACUGCAGCAUUUUCACUGAUGCUAUUUAUGUGAUGAAUUAUCGGGAUAGCAUUUAAAAUUGUACAAGCAGUUGUUAAGGUAAUAAACUACCGGUACGUUUGCUUUGUAGCUGUAGUGUCAUAUGUUGUAACUUCGGUCUGUGCUCCACAAAUUCAACCCACAAGCUAAGUAACGACUAGCGAACAGACAUAGGAUACAACGAAUAGCCUGAAAUAAUCGUCUCAUUUCGUACUACCGACUCUUGUUUCUUUCGGCGGUAUGAGUUAUGGAUACGGUGGCGGAGGUGGGAGAAGGGGUAGGAGAGGAGGAGGUCGAGGAGGGUAUAGAGACGGUAGCAGAGAAAGAUGGGACAGAGGAGGAAGAGGAGGAGGAGGAGGGUCGAGAGGGCACAGCUCCAACUUUGAUGAGGACCAAGGAGGUGGUGGACAACGGGACCGUCCUCCUCCCCACCUGAAGGGCCGUGAGAUCGGUCUGUGGUACGCAAGAUACGGAGCUGUGAGGAGGAAACAGGCUGACCGGAGAUCGCGAGCGGUGGUCCAGAUGGAUGAGGCCAGAGAGCAGCAGAUUACCAAGCUGCUUAACUCUGUCCAGAACGACCAGCCUGCUCCCCCGGAGAGAGACAGCAGAGAAUCCAGAUCCUCUAUGUCUGACAACUGGCAUUCAACUGCAAACAGAAGUGGCCACAGUUACUUUGAUGGGGACCUGCCUGAAGAAGAUAAACACAAGAUCAAAUCUGAGGACGAAGAGAAACGUCACCUCUCCCAGGCAGCUGUUAAAGAUGAGACCCCUGACAGGUGGGAUGAAGAAGAGCAGCAGGAGGAGAAGGAGGAGAAGGAGGAAAAGGAGGAGGAAGAGAAACCGAGAAUAAAAGACAAGGAUCUGGAGUUCUUAUUUCAGGAAGUUGGUAGAGACAAUUCAGUGGAUGACUCCCUAAAGAGAGGUCUGCAGAGGAUGAAAUCAGAUCCAAAGUACCAAGAAAUGCUGAAAUUCAGGGAGAAAUUACCAUCCUAUGCGAAGAAAGAGGAGCUGGUGCAGUUGAUCAACUCUAACCGUGUCGUGGUUGUGAGUGGGGAGACUGGAUGUGGCAAGACCACCCAGGUUACCCAGUUCAUCCUAGACGACCAUAUCAACCGUGGCAUGGGCUCGAUGUGCCGAGUGGUUUGCACGCAGCCUCGUCGGAUCAGUGCCAUCUCGGUAGCAGAACGUGUAGCAGCGGAGAGGGCAGAAAGUGUUGGGAAUGCAAAUUCUUGUGGAUACCAAAUCCGCUUGCAGAGCCGGUUACCACGGAGACAAGGUUCGAUCCUCUACUGUACAACAGGCAUUAUUCUUCAGUGGCUUCGCUCAGACCCAUUGCUAUCCAGUGUCAGCCACUUGGUUUUAGAUGAGAUCCAUGAGAGAAGCCUGCAAUCUGAUGUUUUGCUUGUCAUUGUGAAAGAGCUGCUCAGCCUCCGAGAUGACCUCAAGAUCAUCCUCAUGAGUGCCACGCUCAACGCUGAGAAGUUCUCUAAAUAUUUUGAUAAGUGUCCAAUGAUCCACAUCCCAGGCUUGGCUUUUCCGGUGGAAGAGUUCCUGCUCGAGGAUGUGUUGGAGAUGACCAGGUUUUGUCCCCAGAAUCAGGACCGUCGCCCCUCCUGGAAAAGAGGCUUUUGGCAGGGACGCAACUCCAGACCUGAGAAAGAGGAGAAAGAGGCUGAAUACAAGGAGAGCUGGCCUUGUUAUGCACGCACACUUCAGGGCAGAUACUCUGACAGAACCAUUGAGGCACUGGAGAUAUUGGACAGUGAUGACAAGAUUAACCUGGAGCUGGUCAUGGCACUGAUCCGCCAUAUUGUGCUUAAUGAGGAGGAAGGAGCUAUCUUGGUCUUUCUGCCCGGCUGGGACAACAUCAGCAGUCUCAAUGACCUACUAAUGGCUCAACAGAUGUUCAGAUCAGACCGGUUCGUUAUCAUCCCUUUGCAUUCCCUCAUGCCGACUGUUAAUCAGACACAGGUGUUCAAAAGGCCUCCUCCUGGAGUAAGAAAGAUAGUGAUUGCUACAAAUAUAGCUGAGACCAGCAUCACCAUAGAUGAUGUUGUUUAUGUGAUUGAUGGAGGGAAGAUUAAGGAAACCAACUUUGACACAAACAACAACAUCAGCACUAUGGCAGCCGAGUGGGUUAGCCUGGCCAAUGCCAAACAGAGGAAAGGACGCGCUGGCAGAGUAUGUCCAGGGAAGUGCUAUCAUCUAUACAAUGGUCUCAGGGCCAGCCUGCUGGAUGCCUAUCAAUUACCUGAAAUCAUGAGGACACCACUGGAGGAGCUCUGUUUGCAGAUCAAGAUAUUGAAGCUCGGGUUUAUAGCUCGAUUCUUGGAAAAAACUCUGGACCCUCCUACAGAAAAGGCUGUCAAUCUAGCCAUCAAGAACCUGGUAGACCUGAACGCCUUGGACCGUUCAGAGAAUCUCACAGCUCUGGGGUUCCACCUGGCUCGUCUGCCUGUGGAGCCUCACAUUGGAAAACUCAUCCUGUUCGGAGCUCUGUUGGGCUGCCUUGACCCCGUACUCACCAUUGCAGCUUCACUCAGCUUCAAAGACCCUUUCUUCAUACCCCUGGGUAAAGAGAAGAUGGCAGACAUGAGGAGAAAAACACUGUCUAGAAACUCCAAGAGUGACCACCUCACUAUUGUCAAUGCCUUCCAGGGUUGGGAGGAAGUGAAACAGCGUGGUUCCAGGUAUGAGAGGGAGUACUGCUGGGACAACUUCCUGUCUGCCAAUACACUCCAGAUGCUGCACAAUAUGAAGGGUCAAUUUGCUGAACAUCUAAUGAAUGCAGGUUUCGUGAGCAGCAAGAACCCCAAGGACCCCAAAUCUAACGUCAACUCGGACAAUGAAAAAUUAAUUAAAGCAGUGAUUGUUGCUGGACUGUACCCAAAGGUGGCCAUGAUCAGACCAUCUCACAGCAAAAAGAGGCCCGGGGUUAAGGUGUACACCCAGGCUGAUGGAAAGGUGUGUAUCCACCCGAAAUCUGUCAAUUAUGAAGAGACCGAGUUCAACUAUACAUGGCUGAUCUAUCACCUAAAGAUGAGAACGAGCAGUAUCUUCCUGUACGAUUGCACUGAGGUGUCCCCGUUCUCCCUGCUGUUCUUUGGAGGUGACAUCACCAUCCAGAAAGACGAGGGCCAGGAGACCAUCGCAGUGGACCAGUGGAUCGUCUUCAGAUCGCCAGCACGCAUCGCUCACCUUGUGAAGAGUCUAAAGAGAGAGAUGGAUUCUCUGCUGGAGGAGAAAAUACGUAACCCUUCUCCCGUGGACUGGCAAAACCGUCAGUCCAAAGACUGUGCUGUCAUCACAGCCAUCAUAGACCUCAUCACUACCCAGGAGAAGCCUGCAGGCAGCACUAAAGGCUAUGGCAGAACGUGGGAGCCUGCCCCGAGAGGACAACACGUUUACUUCAAUGACGAUGAUGAUGAUGACGAUGAUUAGAAAUGGGCAGGUUUUUGGCUGGCUUUGAAAGAAAAGCCUGUGAAAUGACUGACUGCAUCCUUGGAGGAGGACACAGGAGGUUAGUUGGGAUAUUUAUGACAACCAGCUUCUUCUUUGAAAAUUUAGUGCUCCCUGGAUGCCCCUGAAGGACAAACACAGGGUGAAAGAGGACUGGAAGAUGUUAUGCACUUGAAUUAUGCCUAUAUAAUUAUUCUUUUUAUUUGCCUAUUUGGUCAUUUUUGCAAGGACCAAUCCAUGUUGUAUAACACUCAUUAGCUGUUGUGUUUCUUGUUUAGUUUCUUACUUUUAAUUUCUGGUUUGGCUUAAAUGUAAGAAUUCAAAAACAGAGUGAUAAUCGUUACCUUGAAAUAUCACUGCUGUUAUGAUUGAAGACCAUCAUCUAUUCUGUGAUGAAAGAGCACCAUUUAUUCUGUGCUUUGAGAGAGCAAUCACUAGAACCACCUGGGUAAUAUUUAGUUGGAAUGAAGACCUGCAUAGCUAUCAACCUCAAGCAGCACAGUUCUGUACUAUCCUGACUUAACAGCCGUUAUCUCCGUAAAUAUCUCUGAAAAAGUACGUCUGGUCACAAGAUUUACACAUAAUUCUGAUUAAUCUGUAGCAAAUGUCUGAAGAGCCCAAAGCUGAUUACAUGUUAUUUAAGGAAUAAAAGUAGUCAUGUUCCUUGGUCUGGCUGUGGUCCUCAGGGAAAAGAGAUGUUACAUUAAUCAUUCAGAACACAUGAUAGACUCAAAGCAGUUAAGCUUUUAUUAAAAGUGUCUGAUUAAAAUAUAUAUAUGGUUGAAUAAGCAAGUUUCUGCAUAUAAAUCUGUAUUAAGGAAAACAUACAUGUCACAAUUCUGUGUGCUCUGUGACUGUUUUACAUAUUUACAUGUACACAGGUGAUUUACAAUAGUUACAAGAGGAAACAAUUGAAAUAAAGAUCACUUCAUGCUAAUA